AUGUGUGAAAAUUUUAUUGAAGAUUUGGCUGGUAAUUUUAAUGAAAGAAAAACAAAUGUUGAAAAAAUGGAAAGUUUUUUGGAAAAUAAUUUUAAAGAAAAUGGUGGGGAUGAUGCUCAAUUAUAUGAUUCACUUUGUUCUUUAUGUUUAAGAUGUUUACCUUCAAAAGAAUUUCCUUACUGUUUGGAUGAUUUUCCGUUAAAAUUUGUUCUUCCUUUAAUAGAAACAAAAAACAAAAAAGUUUUGUCUAAAUUACCUUCCUCUUCUUCUCAAAUUGUUAAUAAUUUUAAGUCAAAUUUAGUUGAUGAAAGUGAUGAAGAUUCGAAUCUUUGGCCGUUUAAUUCUUUUUCUUUAAAUAAUUUAGAAGAAGAAGAAGAGGAUGGUGAACAAAAUAAUGAAGGAUUGACAAAUAAUAAAGGAAAAGAAAAAAAUAAAAAACAAAAAAAUAAUUUAUUAUUACCUCCAGAUAUUAGCCAAUAUAGUCGAUUGAAACAAAAUGAAUUAAUUAAAUAUCAAAAAUACUUCCCAGAAUUUGGCCUUGAAGGUUGUAAACAAUUAAUUUUCGAUGAAUUUACUAAUAACGAUUCCUUUCAAAUUAAUGAAUAUAAACAAAUUGUUUUGAAAGAAUGGAAGAAAAUUAAUUCUGUUGGAAAUUUUGUCAAAAUUGCAAAUCCGGAAUUGUUUGAUUGUGGGGAUUUAAUUAAUGGAAAAGAAGAAAAUAUUUGUGAAAAUUCUUUAAAUAAUUCAAUGAAUCGUUUUGAAUCUGGAAAUUUGUGGAAAGCUAUACAAGUAGGCACAAAUAAAUACGAAUUAAUUAUUUCUCCGGACAUUAAUCAACAAACUUUACAUUUUCAAUGGUUUUAUUUUGAAGUAACAAAUAUGCGUGCUGGAAUUCCUUAUAUUUUUGAAAUAAUUAAUUGUUUAAAAAAUAUAUCAAUGUUUUCUAAAGGAAUGCAACCAGUUUUAUUCUCUUUAAUUGAAGCAAAAAAAGGAAAUAUUGGUUGGAGAAGGGCUGGAACUGAAAUUAGUUAUUUUAGAAAUUUAUUUAAAAUCCCUAAUGAUGAUGAAAGAAAAGAAAAUAAUAAAAAAAUUGGAAAAAAUGAAAAUUCUGUUAAUUCAAAAAAUAAUGGAAAAAUAAUUAAUAAAUCGAAAAAACAAAAUAAUGAAGAUUUACAAAUUAUGGAAAAAAGAAAUUUUUCUUCUCUUCGUUUUACUUUAUGUUUUCCUCAUGAUGAAGAUGUUUGUUAUAUUGCUUAUCAUUUCCCUUAUACAUAUACAAGACUUCAGUCAACAAUUGAAUGGUGGAUAUCUUCUUCUUCCUCUUUAAAUUUAUUCUUUUAUCGUCAAAAACUUUGUUCAACUUUAAAUAAAAUUUCAAUUUCUUUAUUAACAAUUACAACAAAUAAAAAUAUAAAAUCAAAACAAAUAAUCUUAAUUACUUCACGUGUUCACCCAGGAGAAUCUAAUAGUUCUUGGAUUAUUCAUGGUUUUAUUCAAUUUUUAUUAUCUUCCCAUCCUUUGGCUAUUCGUGCACGUGAUUUAUUUAUUUUUAAAAUAAUUCCAAUGCUAAAUCCAGAUGGGGUAAUUAAUGGAAGUCAUCGUUGUUCUCUUGCUGGUCAAGAUUUAAAUAGAGUAUGGAAUUGCCCAUCACCUAUUUUACAUCCACCUAUAUUUCACACAAAAGCAUUAAUACAAUAUAUGGUUGAAAUACUCAAAAUUCCUCCAUUUUCUUUCAUUGAUUUACACGGACAUUCACGUAAACCAAAUAUUUUUAUGUAUGGGAAUAAUCCGUUGGAAUCAUGGUGUCCAACAGAUAUUACUAAUUCUCAACAAUCAAAAACAUUUUCUCUUCUCCCAGAAAUUCUUUCAAAAUCUUCUGAUUCGUUUUCAUUAAAAGACUGUUCAUUCUCAAUUACUAAAGCUAAAGAAUUUUCUGCACGGGUAUCUAUUUGGCGUCAAUUUAAACUAGAACGGGUUUAUACUUGUGAAUCUAGUUAUUUUGGGUUUGAUUUUGGAUCAAAAGCUGGAACUCAAAUAACAAUAACUGAUUUAAAAAGAAUGGGUGCAGAAUUGGUGGAAGGAUUGGUAUAUCUUAAAGAAUUUAAUAAAACAACAAAUCUCCCAGAUGAAACCGACCAAAAAAUUUAA